AUGUCCUAUCAAUCCAAAGUGUGGAUGGCUGUAGUUGCAACUGCAGUAAUUACUGCAGGUGUUGUUGAAGGAAUUCAUAGAUAUAUGGAUUCGCAAGGAAAAGCAAAGUCAUCUCCAUCGACUGAGCAGAUUAAAGAAACAAAUAAAGCCUAUUCAGAAGAAUUAAUUCAAGAGCAGUUGGCACGUAACUAUGCAUUUUUGACCGAAGAGGGAAUGGAAAAGGUAAGAAGCCAAAAUAUCGUGGUUGUUGGUGCCGGAGGUGUUGGAUCUUGGGUUACUACAAUGUUGGUCAGAUCUGGUGUGGGUAAAAUUAGGAUAAUAGACUUCGACCAGGUUUCUUUGAGUUCUUUGAAUAGACAUGCAGUGGCAAAUUUGAAAGAUGUUGGAACCUCCAAGGUGGAAUGCUUGAGAAACCAUUUAUUGCAAAUUGCACCAUGGAUUGAAAUUGAUACCAAAAACCAAUUAUGGAACUUAGAUGCGGCCGAAGAAUUAUUAUUUGGAGGUGACUUCAAGCCAACAUAUAUAGUAGACUGCAUUGAUAAUAUAGAUACUAAAGUGGAUUUGUUAGCAUUCUGUCAUGAAAAGAAAUUACCGGUUAUUUCGUCGGGAGGUGCAGCAUGCAAAUCCGAUCCAACCAGAGUAAACAUUUCUGAUAUUUCGAAGACUGAAGAAGAUCCAUUAUCACGUUCAGUACGUAUUCGUUUAAAAAAAAGAGGUAUCAUUACUAGUAUUCCUGUUGUGUUCUCUGCUGAAAAACCAGACCCAAGAAAAGCUCAAUUAUUACCAUUAACAGACGAAGAAGUUGCAAAAGGUGAGGUUGACCAAUUAUCAGCCAUUAAAAACUUCAGAGUUAGAAUAUUGCCUGUUUUGGGUACCAUGCCAGGUAUGUUUGGGUUGACCAUCGCUACCCAUCUUAUUACUUCUAUCUCAGGAUACCCAGUCGAGCCAAUUGAAGGUAAAAACAGAUACAAGGUAUACGACGGAAUAUUGCAGAGUUUGGCAGGCCAACAAUCGAGAAUUGGCAAAUUGGACCAAAGAGUUCCUAUCGCAUUGAACGACGUUAAUUAUAUAUUAGAAGAAGUAUUCCAUGGAAAGUCCCCUAUAUCUAACUAUUCAACGAGAUUGACCCUAUCCAGAUGGGACCCAAGUAAGGAAUUAUCUUACCAAAACGUUGUUAUCAUGACCAAGGAAGAACAGAAGUUGCAUGAAGAUAGAGUCUUAAAAGGCGGCGAGCCAUUGACAGAAGUUUAUACAAAUGAAAUACUUGAAAGAGUAGAACAAAGGUUCUCCGAAGAGCGCUUCUAUUCUCAAUUCCGUUAA